CGCUUUUUCGUUUCCGCUUCCAAAACACAGUCUGUGGACUAGGAGAGGACUUCAGGACAGCGGUGGGCAAGAACCAGAUGUUAUUGUGGAAAGUAUCUGCGCUUACUCUCACCACGGAGAUCUCAGCUUUACCGGGGAAUGCAAAGAGGGCAAACUGAAAGAGGAUUCUCAGCGAAAGAUAGUUUGGUCAAAACUUUAUAAAAGUCGGAAAGACUUUUUUUUUUGUUGUUUUUUUUGUUUUUUAUUCAUUAUUGUAUUGGCGGUGUAUUGGUCUGACAGCUCCUCUUCAACUUCUUCAUUUCUUUGUAAGCAGGGCUGGCCAUCAUAUCUACCAGAUCAUCGCAUCUCUCUCCAUACUGAGGCUGGCAGAAGACAUCAAAACAGGAGAAGAGGCUGAGUGAAUCCUGAAGACUGAAUAAGAAAAGAAGCUCAAACCUUGGCUGGAAGCCCACUAACGUGAACAGAAGAAUUCAAGAAGUGCAACAUGGCCAGUGGCUUCCUGUGCUGCUUGAAAUACAUGAUGUUCCUUUUUAACCUCAUCUUCUGGUUGUGUGGCUGUGGUCUGCUGGGUGUAGGGAUCUGGUUGGCAGUGUCUCAGGGCAGCUUUGCCACCUUCUCGCCCUCCUUCCCCUCCCUCUCCGCUGCCAACCUUGUCAUCGCUAUAGGUGCCAUCGUCAUGGUGACCGGCUUCCUUGGUUGCCUUGGUGCCAUCAAGGAAAACAAGUGCCUGCUCCUGAGUUUCUUCAUUGUCUUGCUGAUUAUUUUGUUGGCCGAGCUGAUUCUGCUCAUCCUUUUCUUCACAUUCUCCGAUAAGGUCAGCAAGAAUGCAAAGCAGGAUCUGAAAGAUGGCCUGUCUCUGUACUACUCAGAAAACAAUGUCGGCCUGAAGAACGCCUGGAAUAUCAUCCAAGCUGAGUGGAAGUGUUGUGGCGUGACUGGGUUUACAGACUGGCAUGAGGCUCUGAAAGAGAAGGUGGUGCCUGACCGAUGCUGCCAGGAACACUAUCAGGACUGCGGCCGCAACGUCACCAACGAGUUCUGGAAGCGGGGUUGCUUUGAGAAGGUGGAGGAUUGGCUGGAUGAUAACAAGCACCUGCUCGGCACUAUUGCCAUGUGUAUCUUGGUCGUCCAGCUCCUGGGUAUGGCCUUUUCCAUGACGUUGUUUCACCAGAUCCACAGAACAGGGAAGAAGUACAAUGCCUAGCUGGACUCCAGUACAGGCAGAGGCUUAUGGGACUGAUACUGGAAGAAAAUCUCCUUAAGAUCUUCUACAUCUCUUAACCUUAUCUCCUGCUCUCCCCAAACCACCCUGUAGAGACAUCAACCAUGCGUCCCUUUUGUUCUUCUUUCACUUAUCUCUUGUGACACCAUUCACCUGCCAAAGAGAACGAGAGACAGAGAGGAAGGAGUUCAGACUCUUUGGCCAGGAAGUCCUGUACUGGCUGUGUCCCUUUUCCUACUCCUUUAGAACUUGUUUUAUUUGUAUGCUUGAACUGACUAACAAUUGCAGGAAGGAGGAUAUCAUGGCAACAAUAAACUGCAUUGCUCUACUAAUGUAUAAUUCUCACCCUGCAGGAAAGCAGAAGAUAUUAUACAAGACUAACCAUGCCAUCCUUCGAGUGGUGUGCUUUUUAAAUGUUAUUCACAUGUUCAAAUUCCCUUGACAAUGAAAAUGAAAGAAGGCUUCAUCCUGGCCUUUGCAGCUUUUUGCUAAGUGGAAACCGCUGUCAUUUUAGUGGACGAUUAUUUUUUGUUUGUUUUUGCUGGGGUUUUUUUUCCUCUCUCUUCUUCUACCCCAGUCCUUUAAUACUCAUCUUUAUGCAUCAGAGGAGUGAAGUGUUUCCUGAGUUUGCUGAGUAGGACUCUGGGUUGCUGUAGAUGGUCAGAAAAGGACUUGGUUUGUUCUAAUUACUCACAAGCACAGAUUUAUACCGAAUGAUUCGAAACAGAUGCAAGUAAGUCGGAAAAUUAAAGUGUGUAUUGAACGUCACAUCAGGAGGCCAGACAACUGCAGAUGUUUCUCCUUUUUCCACAUGUUGAAGUACCCGAAUACACCGUCAUAAUGCCUUGUCUAAAUUCAGAUUAACAUCUGCUUAGUAAGACUACUCUCACACUUUAAAGCCAGUGCUGUACAGUGUUUUUUUUCUAGUUGUGAUAAUACUCAGAAAUCACACAUAAGUGAAGGUCGAGUCAUCUUUCGCAUGUUAACGUUUCAUUCAGAGCUAUGAAAUGUGCGCAUGACCCAUUGAUCAUCAGAGGACAGAGGUUUUUUGUCUAUUUCUGAAUACCUGAGCUCUUCCCUCUUUAUGCCCGUCAUCUGUUUAUAUUUUUAUUCAAGCAUUUUCAAGGCUAGGAUAUGCCACAGAGUUUAUAGUACUUUCUAUUUCAGCUGACAUUCCUCUUAGAUGAGCUGGUUUUGUAUUUGUACCUUUAGUUCAGAUACAGUUCUAGCAUUUAAAUCUGUCAUCUCUACCUGCUUCUCCUUAGAGGAGAGUACAAGAUCAACGACAGUGCUUUUAGCUUAAGGUUUUUUUUUAAGGGCUUAAUUGCUGUCCAGCAGACCAUCAUUUAUUUUGUCCAGACUGCGAUUGUUGUCUAACAUCCUGGCAAGAAAAAGGGUCAACAGCCAUCUCUUAUCCAGCUCAGAACUCAGAUAGCAUUGCCUUCCCCUAAAGUGUUCGGAAAUAGUGCAGAUUGUGCUGACAGUAACAAAAAACACCACUCAUUUAAUUGGACAUCAGUCAAAACACAGAACUGCUGUUUACUGUAGUUUGGCGGGAAAAAUUGGUUUAAUACAAUCCAGGGACCAGAGGUGGUCAGCAGUUUAGAUUUUUAUCCUGAUAUGCAGACAAAUGGACAAAAUUUGUAUUCUGCUUGGGAUGAGUAUAGAACCGCUGUCACUAUGCAUUGCUGCUAUGUGAGAUGUUGUUUGAGGUUCAUAAGAGGAUAAGGACGUGAGGAGAAAGAUUAACUAUGACGAAGAAACGGUGCAGACUCUAACACAAUAAGUCCAGCUUGCUAACACCUUGUGGAUAUCAGGGCUGAUUGGGAUUGGCAUUGAGCUGAAAUCACAGCAGACUAAAAACUGCAGUAGAUGAAGCACGGAGAAACACAGAGCGGUGUGUCAUAAGGUUCCUUGAGCCUAGAGUCACAGUUUUAUAAGAAACAUUAAUUUGCUCAGAAUUUGUAUGGAAUUGAAUGCUUUAUAAUACAAACUGAACUGUUUUCAUGCUUAAUCAUUUACAUGGUGGGCCUUUGCUUUCCCCUGAUAUUGGUUUAAAGGAAGGAGUUAAGACAUACGUACGUAUAUCAGCUCUCACUGUAAUAGUGCCUCCACAGUAGUAGACUUAUUAUAAACAUAAACACAAAGUAGACUACAGUCCUACAUUUACAUUAUUAAAGUGAUUGUGUAAUGAGGUAUGACAUCACACAAAAACAAAAUCAACUCUGUGGCCCCAAGAGGUUUGGAUUUUAUAAAUCAUUCAGUUUAUCCCUUACUGCCAUCCCACACUCAGUGUUUUUUCCUGCGCAACAUCUCAGAAAUAACAAUGGAAAAUGAUGCAUGUGUUUAUCUUUAUCUUUAAUUUGCUUUGUAGUCUCAGAAAAGCUUUCUGUAAUAUCGAACUGCACAAGGAGAAACCAAACCUGUAAAGCAGGGUUAUCUCAUUUUUGCAUUCUUGCUUUUUUUUUGUAUAUUGGUUGCCAUGUUUGUCUGGUUUUAUUCCAUAUGCUGUUUUCAUUAUUUUAUUCUGUUUUCUAUUAGUUUUCUUUUAAAUCCAAGGUCACCACUAUGUGAAGAAAAUUGGCAUCGCUUAUAUUUUUUUGAAAAGGCACACGAUUAUUGUCCUGUCGAAUUAAUUUCUGUUGCGUUUUCAGAUUCGGCCAUAUUUUUAAUAGACUAAUACUUUCUGCACAUUCAAGAAGUGAUUAUAUUUCAACAAUUGGCUUUUCUGAGUGUACGAUAUGAUUUAAAGCCGAUAUAGCCAUUGUAAUCUUUUAUAAAUGAUGUUUUUUUACUGAGCUGUUCUUCACACUUUGCUAAGCUCUAUAUGUCAUUAGUUCAUCAAUAGCCAUUAUUACUGGUUUAACACUGAGAUAUUCUUUGCCUGUCAAAAGUUUGGAAACACCUCGUCUUUUAUUGCUUUUGAGGGACACAUGCAGGUUUAUUUUGUUUAUAUGCAACAAAUAGGUAAUUUAACAGUAUGUAGAUAUAAUUUGACCAAACAAAUAUAUAAAUGUACAGAUGUUAAACUUUAUUUUCAUUGAAAAAAUCCUCCCUUAGCAUGAAUAACAGCUUUACACACUCUUGGCAUCCAGAAAUAAGGCUCCAAUCUUCCCUGCUCCAAAACAACCCCAAACCAUUAAGCUUCCAUCUCCAUGUUUGAUUGAGAGACAGUCUGCUAACAUCUUCUCUCCUAUUCUCUAUUAAGUUUCUCUGUUAGUGCCAAAGUUGUCAAAUUUGGACUAAUCUGUCCAAAGAUCAUUUUUACAGUCAUUCACUGUCCAAUGCUUGUGUUUUUACCUUUUUUACCAUGUUCGCUGCAUAUAAACAAAAGGAACAUGCAUAUGUCUCAAAAACCAUAAAAGACUAGGUUUUCAAAAACCUUUGACAGGCACUGUACAGUGGACAAACUAAGUUUGGCUUUUCUGAUUGUACAUUUUAGGAAAUAAUUUUCUCAAAUAUCAUUUCAACUCAUUUUAUAUUCAUUUCCCUGUCAUUUUAUUUCUAUUCGAUUUUUUUACUUGUAAUUUUGAGAGUGUUUUGUCCAUGUUGCUGUUUGUAUUCUUAUGUGCAAAGGAGCAUUAUAUAUGUAACACUUCUAAAUAAUCAUUAUACAAUAUAACUUAUCUACAUGUUCCACUCUUUCUUUGAAGCACUGCCAGUAAAUGACUAACUUGGUUAGAAAAUAGGGAUUUGGACAACUCAUUUCUGCCAUAUCUUUAUUUUUCUAUUAAUGUCCUGACCCAGUGCUAGCCUAUGUUUUAGAGUUGAAGUUGAAGCUCCUGAGUGAGGUGUUUAAUGUCAUGCUGUCUUGGCACAUCUAAUUUCAUGCCAAACCAGAUUUUGUCCUGUGGAGUUUUUGCUACAUGUAAAGCACUAUAAAUAUCUAUGUUAGGUGGUGCACUAAAUGUCAUUCUUUAAAUCCUAGUAUUUUUUAAAUAAAGGAGAGUGGGUCGCAAAA